AUGAGCAGGAACAGCUCGGUAUCAAGCCCAAGUGAAGCCACGCGCCCACGCUCCAGCCCGACGCAGAGCGCGCGUCAAGCCCGGCAAGCAAAUACAGGGACUUCUCUGGUGACCCACACGAUCCUCAGCCUCCUUGUACUUCUGUUAGCGCUUGGAACUGCUUUCUUCGCACCCCACCUUCCCAACGCCGUCGUGCGCCUCGUUACCAAAGAUCACGCAACCGGCUUCACGCUCCGAAAUCCAAUCGUUCUACAAGAACCCUCGGUUUGCCCCAAACCUGAGCAGCAGGUCGAGUUUGUCGGAACCUUUAAUCGAGAGCAUAAGCGCAGCAUGGCACUCGCCGACCAAGCCAAGCGGGUGGCCGCCGAGUUUGACUUUAGCGACGAUGCCCUCAACAAGGCCGUCAAGGAGUUUAUACGGGAGAUGGACGAGGGCCUGGUGAAGGAGGGCACUGAAAUGAGCCAGAUUCCUACCUAUGUCACUGCUGUCCCCAACGGCACUGAAAAGGGCCUCUACAUGGCUGUCGAUUUGGGCGGCACAAACUUUCGCGUUUGUUCCAUUGAGCUCCAUGGCAACACCACCUUCUCCCUCACGCAGAGCAAAGUCGCAAUACCGCGUGAGCUCAUGGUAGCAAAGACAUCAAAAGAACUCUUCUCCUUCCUUGCCAAGCAGAUUGAAGCAUUCCUCAAACUACACCACGAAGAACACUAUGCCGGCACGCUUAGGCGCAGAGAAGGAAAGGGCGGCGAGCCGGAAGAUGAGGAGAUCUUCAACCUGGGCUUUACUUUUUCGUUUCCGGUGCAUCAGAUUGGCAUCAACAAGGGCAUGCUCAUGCGCUGGACAAAGGGCUUUGACAUUCAAGACGCAGUCGGAAAAGACGUCUGUGCGCUGCUCCAACAGGAGAUUGAUGAGCUACAUCUGCCUGUCAAGGUCGCCGCUCUUGUGAAUGAUACCGUCGGAACCCUCAUGGCCCGGUCAUACACAUCUCCCGGAAAGACUGGCACAUUGCUCGGAGCAAUUUUCGGAACGGGUACAAAUGGAGCCUACGUAGAGAAGUUGGACAAGGUCAGCAAGCUCACCCAGAGCAAGACCGCUGGAGAUUAUGACCAGUCUACCGGAGAGAUGAUUGUCAACACCGAGUGGGGUUCGUUUGACAACUCGCUCCGCACGUUGCCCAACAGCCCGUAUGACAUCGAGCUGGAUAAGAACUCUGUGAACCCAGGCAUCCAGAUGUUUGAGAAACGUGUAUCGGGCAUGUUUCUGGGAGAGCUUCUUCGCCUCGCACUGGUCAAGCUUAUCAAAGACCCAAGUGUUCCCCUUUUCACCGACGACAACUCAUCCUCGAAUGAUGUUCACAGCACAACACAAAUACAUGAUGGUAGCCCGAUAUGGAAACAAUGGGGUAUUGACACAAGCUUCCUCAGUGUAUGCGCUGGCGACCACAGCCCCGGUCUGCGCAUGCUGAGACAGACCUUGGACAAGGACUAUGACAUUUCCGCAGUUAGCGCAGAGGAUGCCGAAGCUGUUCGAGAGAUUGCAGCGGCCAUUGGACGUCGUGCUGCUCGCCUCGCCGCCGUCGCGAUUGCUGGUGUCGUCAUCAACACUGGUCGUCUGGACAAGUCGUCAGGCUCUGCUACCACCGAGGACAAGUCCGGCAUUGCUCCACCACGUGGCGAUGUUGACGCAAGCGAGGGCGAUGAGAUUGACGUUGGUGUAGACGGCUCGCUAGUAGAGUUCUACCCCAACUUUGAAGAGUACAUUCGCGAGGCACUGCGUGCAAUACCCGAGAUUGGCACAAAGGGUGAGAAGAGGGUCAGGAUUGGCAUCGCAAAGGACGGUUCCGGUGUCGGUGCUGCAUUGAUUGCGCUUGUUGCUGGAAAGGUCAACGCGCCGCAGUAA